CAUUGCCAACUUCACGGUAUUGUUUAUCUACAAUGAUAUCCAUGGUUUGUAAAGUCACUAAGGCGUUUAUAAGUUAUAAUGUGCGCAAUGCAUACAUGUAAUUUCUCAAAUUACUACAUGCACCGAGACAACAGAAAAGCACACCUAAGAAGUAAAGUUAAAGAUAAGUGUAGAACUGCAAGAUUUAAGGUUGAUGCUGUUGUUGUUGUUAAUUUCUGUAUGUUCACAAACAACUAGGCCUUUCAACAACAACAGCAUUGCGGUCAAAUCAUGUUACCUAAAAUGUGCAGUCGUAAGAAUGGAUAAUUUACUGGUGAUUUGAGAUCGCUGGACAGUUCUUCAAUUUACCAAGUAUUAAAAGUUCUUGGCUAAUAUUAAAUUAAGCAGUUGGAAUUGUUAAGGUAUAGCUCUACAUGUAUGUGGCCAUUUUUAUGUAUAAAUGCAUGUACAAAAUAGCUCUGUAGAAUUGUCUUUUAGCAGAAAACAGUUCACAUAAUCUGACAGGACAAAAUUUCACAUCUGGGAAAUAUAUAACAAAAAUCUCAAGUGUCCUAUUAAGGAGUUGAGAUUGAUAUUUAAAAGCAACUUAUAUGUUUGUAAGAUUUUACUUGGUUUCAACACAUUGAAAUGAUAAGCAAAACAAUUUCAUGUUGUCAAGAUGUAUGUUAGGAACUUGAACUUCUGGUAGAUGAGGAAGGAACCAGAAGCAUUGUGUGACUAUCCCAUGCAUUUUGUAAGUUUUUGCUUUUGUAAGAAUGUGAGUGUAGUAUUAAUACUGCUUUUCAGCCCGGUGAAAUUCUGUGAUAUAUGUAUUUGAUUUAUCCAUAUAGACUCAAUGUCUUUUUUUUGACAGCUAAGUUUUGACCUGCUAAGUUUUUUGGCUAUAAUUUUUUGGAAGUUCAUGGAUUUGGCUGGUUAGACUUGUUUAUUUGUAAACUGUACAAAUCAUGUUAUUUUAAAAUUCUUUUCUGAAGGAAAUUGGUAGAAGUAACCAUUGUGAAAGGAUGACAACAUUACCAGAUGUGAGAGGAUCAGCUGUUCAGCUACAAGCAAUUGUCAAAGACAUUUGCCAGGUAGGGGUGCCUGAUAAUGUGCUAACGACAAAGAUGGAGAAAGCAGAGGUGCUGCUUGAGGCUAUCCCUGAUCUGGAUUUAGGUUGCCAUGACCACAGAUGUGUACACGGCAUUGUGAGUUUUUAUUAUAUCUUCUAUCGUAACAUCCACUUAAUUCAGAUAGUGUUCUUCAAACCAUGCAUCUUUUUGGCUGGAAAAUAGAUAUCAAAAUAUCCUCCAAUCAAAUUUGCUUGGGGCAAACAACUAUAAAAUGUAUAUGAUUUAAUGGAUUUUAGGGAGACUAGUAAUAAACCCAGGAUUAUUCAACUGAGCAAUAAACCAAUUAUCAUAUGGCUUUGUUAUCCAUAAAUGUAACUUUGUAUUUCUUCAUACGGUAUAAUCACGCAAAUGUGUGUAUAAAAUAGGUGAUAACUAAAAUGAUAGUCAUUACAGCUCAGUAUAGGACAUAUUGACAGUGCCCUGUGUUAUAUUACAAUACAUCCAUCGUUUCCCUUGAAGGCCUUUAUGUAUAAUAUUGUCAUCAGCUAUUAUUUGUUUAAUUUUCAGCUUGGAAUGUUUAGCAGUACAGCUAUGGAAUCACGUGGUUACUGUGAAGAACAAAGGCUCUGUUUCUGCUCAGAACAGUGCACAGUUAAGGCACAUAAGUUGUAUUCUGGAGCAAAGAUGUAAUGAUAGUAGCCAUGAUGAGCAAGCCCUCAAGAAAGUCAUCAUGAUGAGUUUGAAAACCGGAAGAACCUGGUUGGAUCUUGGUAAUCCAAAGAGAGCAAACCUUGUCCUCCUUACUUCAACAAAGUAUGUUGAAAGACUUCAGAUGUUAAUCAUCAACAGAAAGAAUAAUGGUGAAGAUGUGGACAGGGAAAAAAAUCAGGCGGAAAAGGACAGAUUUAAGCUGCUGUGCUAUCAAGCUGAAGCUGCAAUGAUGCUAAAAAAAUUCUCAGCUGCCAGGAAUUUUAUUAUGACAUCUAAGCGGCUAAUUUCAGAUUUGCCACCAAAAGAGGGUGCUAUCCUUUCAAUGUUAUGUUACAAUUUUGGUGUGGAGGCCUUUGAACUGCAUGACUUUCAGGAAUGCGUGUUUUGGCUUCGAGAGAGUUAUGAAAUAGGAAAAGACAGAGUUGAAAUCGGCCCCAAAAACCAAGGUAGGACACUGCGGCUCUUGGCGAAUGCUUAUCUAGAAUGGAAUGAGGAAGGUCAUCUACAGAAAGCCUUAAAUGCCAUAGCAUUGGCUGAAUCGGAACACUACCAUUAUUCUGCACUCUACCUCAGGCUGAAAAUCUUGUUGCUUACUGGGGAGUCUGCAGAGAAGAUUCGCUCCUGCUUUGAGGACAUGCUGAACCACCCGGACAGCAGCCUGGAGCUAGGACUUGGCUCAGUGGACUUACUGUGCUCUUCUAACAGGAAGGAUGUCGCUGUUGAGGGUUUGAAGAAGUUGCAAUCCAAAUAUGAACACAACCCAGAUGUAGCAAAAGUUUGCACAAAGCAUCUUGAACUUUUACUCCAAGGUAAACUGGAAGAGGAAGCUAAGGCAUUUGCAGAGGAAACCAUAACAGCCCAUCAUUCUAACCGUCCUCUGGAUGCGAGUACAAGGAAAAGAUUUCAUAUGAUCUUUUGGGAGCAUGCUGCAGACUUGUUUGAGGGCAAAUGCCAUUUGGAUGCUGUACAGUGGUACAACUUUUCCCUUAGCCUCUACACACCUGAUGUCAUUUGUAACAAAAACUUGGCCAAACUCCACAGAAACCGAGUAGCCUGUUACUUAGUGUUGGGGGAUUUGCAAAAGGCUGAAGAGGCUUCCGUGCAAGCAGAGAAAGCAGAUGCUGAUUCUCCUUAUACUCAGUAUAUCCUCUUAAGGGUAGCCAUUGCUGAAGGUGAUGUGGUGAAAGCGAAACAGUCCAUUAAGGAAAUGUCUGGAAAUAUGAAGACAUAUGAAGGAGAGAAAGUGUCGCCUGAAAACCAGCAUGGUUUGAUUUGCUUGGCUGCACAGAUUGCAUUUGAGGCAAAACAGCAGGAGGUAGCCCUAGUAGCCCUGGAGGAUCUCAUUGAACUAGGGGGUGAUCCCAGCAUGGUCCUCACCGCGCUAAGGUGUACGAUCCGAUUCCAACUCACUGACAAGGACAGGACAGACUCCUCAAGGGCAGACAUGAAGAAGAUCAUCAGCUAUCUGAAAACAGGUUCUGAUCAUCUUCAACAUGCAAAAGAUGUGGAAAACAGCGAUGUAGAUGUACAGAAGGAAUCAUUAUGGUUUAUGAAAAUAGCUUGGAACAUGGCACUACAAAGUAAAGAAUGUCCUGCUGACAUGAGAGAGCUCUAUAAACUGUGCUGCAAGUUGACGUGCUUGUGCGGUGAUGAUGUGGACAACCUGAACAGACAGAAGACAUGUUUGAUGAUGGUGAUUGCCUGUGGCCUGGAGCAGGCCAGACAGACACAGGACACAGAGGGGAAGAAACAAACUCUUCAAGAAGUUCUUCUUCAGCUUGAAGAUUGCAAGCGCAUUAGUGAGAAGCUGAGAAAUGUGCAUGUAUCCGAGUCAGAUGUGAAAACGAAGGACACGACUGAGAUACUGCUGCUGUUGUAUGAAUUUGAGGCUAAAGCAAAGUUGGGAGAUCCUGAUAUUGAGAGCGUUUUAGAGAGAGCCCUAUCAAUGUCAUACUCAGAGCCCAAGACCUAUGAAACCAUGGCAGCGCUUGCAAUGGAGAGUCCAGCUCAGAACAGGGAGAUUAGCAAGAGAGCUUUGAAGGCUGCGAUAAGAAAGCACCUUCAAACAGAGCCAACUGACCUCAACCGACUCAGCCGAGCUUUCCAUAGCCUAGUUUCCAUGGCCCUGCAGGCUGGCAGUCUAUCAGACAGAUGCUGCAGUGAAGAGGCUUUCUCCUAUUACAAAGAGGUGCGGGAGAUUCUAAAUAAAGUCAAGGAGUCCUACCCAGAAAUGGAGAUCCUCUGGCUAAUGACCAAAGCCUGGAAUCAGGGGAUAUAUCUGUUCAGUGCUGAUCAGUAUGAAGAAGCUGAGAAGUGGUGUAGUAUGAGCCUCAACUUCCUCACACACCUGCCUUCCAUGAAGAGCAACUAUGAGGACCAGAUGAACACAGUGUACAGCGAAAUAUUGUCCAAGAUAGAGAACAGAAACAUUAGCAGCAUGGAAGAGUAACCCUGUGGUUUAAUUCUGAUGUUCUUCUUUUCAGUUCAUCUUGAACCCUUCAAGGCCAGAAUUUUAUCAACAACUGCCUGUACUAUUAUAUUAUGUAUUGUUAAGUUAUUAAUACAUGUAUAUGUAAUAUUUA